AUGUUUAUUCAUAUACCAGCGAAAGACUUGUACGUUAGCGAACCUGAUCCUCGCUAUUUUGGGAACCCCAAAAACGAUGAUCCCAAGGUUAAUUGGUUAAAGAGUAGAUUCCACUUUAGUUUUGCAGAAUACCGUGAUCCUUAGAAUUAAUAAUUCGGUGUAUUGAGAGUAAUGAAUGAUGACUUAGUCUAACCUAACAGAGGAUUUGGAGAGCAUCCUCAUUCAAACAUGGAAAUUGUUAGCUACAUUGUUUAAGGAGAACUAACACAUGGGGAUUCAAAAGGAAAUAAGGAAUCACUCGGAAGAGGCUCAGCAUAAUAUAUGAGUGCAGGCUCAGGAGUAUACCACUCUGAAUUCAAUUUAUCAAAAAAUGAAGUUUGCAGAUUCAUAUAAAUUUGGAUUAUGCCAAGACAAACUCAUACAAAAGUUUAAUACAAGAGUUAUAGAGGCUAGGAUGGCUAAGCUGAUAAUAAGUGGUUCCAUUUAGUAGGAGAUUUGUAAUAAAAUUCUUAAGCUCCUGCUAAAAUUAAUCAAGAUGCUAAUAUCUGGACAAACGAAUUUACAACAGAAUAAAGAUUUGAAAUCAAGGAAGGCAGGUAAGCUUACCUUCUAUGUGUUGAAGGUUCUUUUGAAUUGAAUGUUGAUGUAUGUUUACCUUUGCAAGAUGUCAAAAGCUAAUUAGUAAAUUAGCAUGAUGGAGUGAAGGUAUUCAAAAGCAUCAUUCUCAAACCAAAAGGCAAAGCUCAUGUCUUAUUGAUUGAGAUGAAUAAGUGA